GUCCUCUCUUUCUCCCUAAGCAAGUACCUGCCUGGGGUCUGUCCCUAUGACCUAUCACUGGGACUCAUCAGUGCAGGAGGAUGCAGUGUGAUGGAUACUUGGGGGCACUGGGAGUGGGAAAGGAUCCCUAUUCCUCUCCAGAACCCUAGUGAAUAGAAGUGAGGAGACAGUGUUAAUCAUGAAAAUAACAAGGCCAGCCCCUACAUCAAAGGAGAUUCCCUGGGAUGGUCUCUGAGCUAGCUUGUGCUACAUGAAUGAUGGAGAUGUGCUACAUGAAGGAACGAGAGGCGGUACCAGUCCUAUUCUCCCCAGCACCUUGCCUGUUCCUUUUGGUGCCCCAGUCAGCUGCUGUCUAAGUCCCUCCCUAUCUGGUGAACAGUCUGUUCAGUGUCUUUAAGAUCCAUGGGGCAGUAGCAGGCUUGGGGGCUUUUGUUGCUGCCUUUUGUGUCCCUGGCAGGAUCUCAGCUUGCUCUGCAGGGGUGGUGAACAGUCAAGGCAGGUGGUGGGGACCUUGCUAUGGUAUGGACUUCCUGUCUGUCGCCUGCUCCAUGGUGUAUAGGAUGAAGGACUGGCCUUUGAGACCGGCUGGAACUGACCAACUGACCAACAUACUUCCCUGUGAGGUCUGCUAGAGGUGUGGCUGUAGGAGUCCCAGGGGGAGCUCUACUCUCCCGCAUUACUCAGUGGCCCAGGUAGGAGGGGGCAAGGACCAGGAGCUUCCCUGCUCAGCGUCAGCUCUGGACUCGCCCAGGGCAAUUGAUGCUGGAGAGUACCCAGGGCUGGGCUUGGGGUUAGGGAAUCCAGAGAAGGGAGCUUAAGGAAGCACCAGAAAGAUGCAGAGAGGCAGGGAAAAGGCAGGGAGACAGAUGAGGAAAUCCAAAGGAAGCGUGAGAGUGUGGUAGGCCACUGGUCUGGUGGGCACCCCCUGGGCUGGAUGCAAGACUAGUGAUGCACCAUUUGUCAUGGUGGCAAACAGAGCUCAGUGGACUCCCACCUUCCUCCUGCCUGGCCAUGCCACAGAUUCCCUACUAACUGGGUAAAGUCCCCACCAACUCUGCCCACAGAACGUUUAUACCAAGGGGUAUAAAUGACCCUUCUCAGGUUCCGGAGGGGAGUAUGGUUAAAGUCUCAGAUCCUCUCUCCUCCCCAACCCUGGACUUCAGGAGCCUGGACCUGCAUUCCUCUUCCCUAGGAGCUCUCACCUCUGCUCCAUCCAGCCCUUGGUGCCCUGAGAGAGGAACACAGGCCAGCUGGUUCCAACAUGAACCAGUAUCUCUCACAGUAAUAGGCUGAGCACCAGAGUCUCACUUCUCCCUCCCUCCAGGGCCUCAAGGGGCUUUCCACCACAGAUGAGGGCUGGGAAGCUGGGCUACAGAGCCGUGGGGCUGGUGGGGGAUGGAAGCAGAGUGUUGGGUACAAGAGCGGGUGUCACCCUCUGCAAGAGUUGCUCACUGGCUGCCCCUGUCUCUGUCUGCCUUAUAGCUAUAACACAGGGCAUGCAGUGUCACAUCUGCAAGGGGUUUGGAGGAUGUUCCCACCCGUCCAGAUGCCCAAGGAGCUCCACCCACUGUGUCAUCAUCGGCACCCGAGCUCCCAUCAGCUUUACAGACUUGCCUCUGGUGACAAAGAUGUGCUACAAUGGCUGCCCUGAUGUGGCCAGCUUGGGCUUGGGUCCUCACGUAUCCAUCGUUUGCUGCCAGUCGAAUCUCUGCAACAAGGACUGACCACUGCCAGCUGGCCUCGCGGAACCAUGCCCAGGCAUGAUCCUCGGAGAUCAUUCUAGCCUGGCCAGCCCAAAGCCCCCAACUCAGACUUCCUCAGGAAGUUCUAAGUGAAAUCCUGCAUAAAUCCACUGUGGUACAAACUUAAGGUCCUAAUCCACUGUGGGCCACCCUCAAUGUCAACAAAUCUUCCAAUAAAAGCAG